UUCACUCGGUAAGGCCAAACUUUCGAGUCGUUCGCGUCCUGUGGUGAUUAAUCAGCGAUCCGCGCACGGUUCCAAAUUUGCGAAUUUCCCCAGAAAUGUGCGAGUGAAAAGUGAAUUUGGUGACGAUUACGGUGUUAUUUCGUGAGGUGUCGCGCAUCUCGUUUGCUGGGUGUGAAGCCAUUUAUGCAAAGUGGAGAUUUGAGAGGAUAGUACCAAAAAAAAAAAAACGAGAUGAAUCAAAUUAUGAUUAGCAUUCGGGGAAGAUGGGUUCUUAACCGUUUGACUGAAAUGUAACACAGUUUCACCGUGUCGGAAGUGACGAAGUAAAGUGGUAACAUUCAACUCUUGGCAGCCAUCGUCAUCGUGGCGCUUUCAGGUGUAGUGUCAUUGCAGUGGAGGCGAAAAAAAAAACGGGGCGACUGUCGUCUCCGUUGUCACUCAGUGCUCAGCAGAAAUUUUCUGAUAUUACGGGAAUGUGGAAAAAGUGAGUUUGACAUAGUUCAGUAAAAGUAAAAUCAAAGCCAUAGCGACGACGAAGUCGGAGUGCGGGGGAGAGUUGAGGGAAAAAAAAGUAAUUCAGUGCGAAACAGAAAGAAAAAUGAUUUGAAUAUUGCAGUCUUUUGGAAGCGUGGAAAAGUAGCGCUGAAGUGGCACACAUAAAAAAAAAAGAUCAAGCAAGACUUCAAUUCUGUGCGACAGCCAGAGCCGGCGGAGGAGAAAAGGGAUCAAUCGAUUUUCGAACGGAAAGGAUGACGGUUCAGCAACCCACGAUUAACUAACACUUUAUUGGCACUGAGGACACUCUGGGAAAAACAAACAACAAAGUGAAAAGUGAAAAACCACCCUCGAUCGGGGCACGUGCACGAGCCUCCCACAGGAAGGACAACGGCAUCGACAGGACCCAAGGGGUCGUCAGUGAGUGAAAGUUCGCCAAGUAUUUCCGACUCAUAAACGGUAUGGAAACAAAGCAUAAUGUUUGCACAACAGAUUUCGCUUAUCCCACCCAAACGGGGUCGCACAUGUGAUAUGUGAAUGGUGAUAUAUGGUUUGAAGCAGCUGCUUGCGAACGUGUGGGUGGCCAGCGAGAAAAAAGGAGGGGUGGAACCGAGAGAACAUAUAAAAAAAAAACACAAAACACGUCACACUAUAUCCUGCAGUCAGCCAUUUGUCAGCGCACACGGACUGUUUUUCAACGCUUUUCGAACUCCUGAAAAGCGGAGAUCACAUCUCCGGGGGAGCGAACACAUAAAAAAAUACUGAGAACGUUGCAAUAGGAAAAAUAAGUCAGAACCAGCAGACAUCAUGGAAUCCAUCUACGGUACCAACAAGAAAUAUUUGCAGAGUCUAACCGCAGGAAGUGACUUUUACAGAUGUCCCAGCACAAUUAGACCGAUGGCGGCGGAAUACUCCUCGUACCAGAACACCAUCGGCCGGCGGUCGACGCUGAUUGGAGGCGGCGGCGGUGGCAGCAGCGGAGGACCCUACACCCACUUAAGCAAGUACUCCUAUCCGACCGACGUGAGUCUCAGCAGCCAUUACGGGUACACAUCCUGGGGUUUAUGGCGCGAUACCCGGAAUUUGUCUUCGUCAGUGUACGGCAAGAAGCAGAAAAAUUUCAGAUCAGUCUCCAUUUUAUUGAUGUCGGCUGCCUUUAUCGUGGUGCUGGCCGUGCUCUGUGUGGUCGGACUGGCCUUCUACUUCAGUGCAUUCAAGACGGAUCUCAACGAUUCCAUUCUCGUCUUCGACUGCACCUUCCGGGUGACCCGUGGCGAUAUCUACACGACCGGUCUGCGCUCCAACAGCACCCCCGUCUACCGCCAGAAGUCGGCCUUCUACGAGAAGCUGGUCGGCACAUCGCUGCAGCAAAGCGGCCUAACGGUCUCCCGGACGGACAUUAUGGAUUUUGGCGAGGGGCCAACGAUUGUGCUCAGCUUCCGCGUGUUUCUCGACAUGCGGAUGAUUAAAAUAACGAUUCACAACGUGGAGGAACACAUUCGACAGGCGCUGCUCAGCGAGCUGGCCAAUCCGAACUCGCAGUUUAAGAAUAUUCGAAUCGAUCCGGAUACUAUUGAGAUUAAACGGUUGCUCGAUAAGGACGUGUUGAGGAUGGCGUUUCUUAUCAGAGAAGAGCCAUUUCCAUCAUUAAUUAAAAGUCCGGAGGACCGCGGCGGGCCGGCGAAAAAAUCCGGUGUCAUCGAAAAGACCAUCCAUAAAUUCACGCCAAUGGUUUCCACCUCGACCGUACCGUCGACGGGAAGCAAUGAAAAGAAACAACCCCACCAACAGCAGCCACAAUCGCCACAGUUGCUGGACGGGGAGUCUGACAUUGACAUGGAUAAUUUACCGAUUAUACAAGGAUCAUUUGAGAUAACGAAAACAGAAGCGGACAUCACCCAGAAGAGGAACGGUGGUGGCGGUGGAACGCCCCAGGCUGUGUCCACAUUGAAACCGUUUGCUGUCAGCCCGGCUCAGAUAAAGGUGCGAGGUGGCGGCGAGAAAAAAUCCCAUGAAAAUGCUAAAUCUCCGCACACGGAAGAGGAAAAUGUGCCGCCCCCAACGGGAGGCAAAUCGAGGUAUGAAACAGCUACGGCGAAGGUUGAAAAAACGGACAAAUAUGAUGCAACAACGAAGAAAUUUAAAACUAAUUCUAGCGGCAGCAGCCGAGGCACGUCGCCAAGCUCUACGACAACACGCCGUACGACGAGCACCAGUUCUACCACCCCCUCAACAACGACAAGUACCACCCUCAGACCCACCACAACCUCCAGAACCACAACUAGGACCACCGUGGCCACCACUACGGAAAGCACGACGAUAAAAAGUACCACAACGGCGGCGCGCACAACAAGUCCUCCCUCCCCGCCAUCGGCUGAUGAGCGAAUAUCAUUUUCGCAGGAAACCGAGGACGCAACGGAGUUCUCAUUUGACGCCAAAAAUGACACCCUGUUGGUGGAAUUUCUGCAAGCAAUCAUCAAUGAAACUCUCCCGGAUAAUUUGGUCGCCAAGAAGCGAAUGGACGAUAACAUUCCCAAAUUGGACGUCAGUUUGUUCACCAGUGCUCCCAUCCUCGACAGACAGCCCUGGCAACCGAUACACCCGACCGCGCCCAAGGCAAUGUCAGCUCAGCAGCCCACGGUGGCCAAAGCGCCCAGGAAGAAUCUAACCCUCACGGAGGACGUGAUCUAUCGAAACGCGUACCCCGAAACGGGCAGCUCCGCGUACACGGAGAGCCCCAGCGGACAGAUCUACUACCAGAGCUACACCAAUCCUAGCUUCGGUUCUUCCACGCUGGGAAUCGAACCGCUAGGCGUGAUGGAUGUCAAACCGUAUCCACUUCCGGUGGAUAAAAUAUCUAUCGAUACCCUUCCCGACUUGAAGCGUGUAAACCCGAUGGGCUCUGGCGAAGCCGAUCCACAACUGCUGGAUAUGACGCUGGACGAGCAGAAGUUCGAGCAUUUGGGUGGAGGGGUGAUUGUGAAGAAGCCAGAGAAUAGAAGCGUGACUCAGAGAACAACGACGGAGCCACUGAGGACCAGUGUGGUUACGGUGACGCCGAUUUAUUUGGAUAGCAGUAGUGAGAAUCUACUCAACUCGACGGAGGAAUACGUUGAGUACUACCAGCUGGAGGGGAUGAAUAGCACGACCGAAGCGACGACCACCAUGGCCGAGGAGUUGAACGAUACGGUCGACUAUGGACUGAGCGUUGAGUCUAGGGUUAUUCCGGAUGAUGAGGGUAUUACAACCGAUGUUGCGGCUGUGGUGUCAACCGUGGAUGAUGUGAAGGCGGAAGUUUCAUCUGACGAACUGGGGUCGAGUGAAACUUCAGAGCAAGUUGACGGUAAGUCGAUGCCGACUUCGACGGAAGCGAUGUCAACGGUCCAGGAUUCCACCACGGAGCACCCGAAAACAACCACUGGAAAGAGGGUGACAUUCAUUGAGAUCGAAACAUUGAAAUACAAUCCGACGACGACUGCGCCAACGGCACCGACUGUAACCGUUCCGGAGCUGUUCCCCAUCAACAAGUGGGAGUUUGUCAACGGAUCUCGAGUGACCCCAUCCAACAAUCACUCCACUCGGAAGGUGUUCAACGAGACACUGCAAGCGUGGAUUGUGGAAAAUAUUCAUCCUCCGACAACGCUUCCGAGUGUUAAAAUCGAAGACCUGAAGCACAAACGUGACAACGCUACGAAUCUUCAGAAUCUCUCAGCGAUAUUCGACACCUUGGCAUCCAAACUUGGGAUACAAACCGAGGGUUCCAGUAAAGCACCGCCAUUCCUUUCGCUGGCCAAAAUUAAGAAUCAAUACAAGAGCGUCAAUCGGGCGGAGACAACAGCAGCGAUGAAACGAACGCGGGGAACCAUCAGACCCAAGAGGAAGAAGAACAAAAAUACAACCAGAGUGCCCACGACAAUCGUCACAACACCUUCGACCUCCACAACAUCCACGACAACCACGACUUCAACGACGACGACUCCAGUUCCCACGACCACGACCACCUUCUUCGCCAAACUUGUGCCCACCAUCACCAACGAGGACCCCGGGGACGUCGUUCCCGUCAUGCUGCUCCCCCCUUCGCCCGAGUACUCAUCCGAGUUCUACGUUGGCCAGGCCGAAGUCGAGGUAAUCGAUCCGAACAAGUACGAGGAGAUGCUCCGGCAGCUUUCGACGACUCCCACCGGUGCGGUCCACUCGGCCACGACCACCCCUGCCCCCUCCACGCUGGUCACCCUGCUGCCGGCCAAAUCCAACUCGGGGAUUAAAAAUUUCCGACCAAAAACCAAACUACAACAUCCGCUGCCAAUACCAGUGGCAGCCGGCAGCGGUAGCGGCGGCAGCUCGUUAGCAGCUCAUAAACAGCAGCCGCCCUCCGAAGGCAGAAAAAUGAGCGUGAGCUUGAAAUUAAUGAAUGCAAAUAAAAGCGAUGCCGAGGGCGGCAAUCGGAACGCGAAUGUCGCCGCGUUGGUUGCGGCGGCGGACAGUGGGCGGCGGGGGGAAUCCCAAAACGAUGAUGCGAAUAACGAUGGUGGUGGCAUGGUGGAAACGGUGGUUAGGGCCAGCAUGCGCUUUGAAUCAUAAAGUGCCCCCGCGGCUCGCGAAGCGAAGCGAAGUGAAGGUGGCGCGAGGUUUGGUCCUACGGCCACGCGUCACUGCGCUACCCGCUAUGAAUAGUGAUUGUUGUUCGAGAAGUCGUCGGGACGGACGAACGGAGGGAGGAGCGGAAUGUGUGGGUGGAUGGGUGCCGGUGUUUGGUGGUGUGCUUGUGGUCGAGUGAAUGCGGCGGUGUUGGGAUACUGGGAUUGCUGAAAGGACGAAGCUUUCUCUCCGUGGACUUGAAAAUGUGAUUCUUCUACUCGCGACAGGCGAGUUCUUUCCGGCUCGAAUCUCGGAAGCGAAACGAUGGGCUAAACUGGGGUGGUUCUGUAACCUUUGUACGCUGACUGUAGAAUAUUUGGCACUAAAUUUUUCCUUCGCAGUUUUUUUAUGUGUGAUUUUAAAACAUGGUGAAUUGUGCAAAAAUAUUGCUCGUCGUCUCUAAUAUCGACAGUUGUCUUCAUUGCCGAAUAAUCAAAGAGAGUUAGAGCACUAUUUUUACAAUGGGAUGUUAUUUAAUCUAUGAAGGGUAAUACGGUCAAAAAGAAGUCAAAUAAUAUUUAUUUUGGAAAAAUGGUUUUAUCAUUGAUAUCAUGAAACUGUUUGUUUCCAAUAAUAUGAAUUGCAAUUGACCCAGACUAUUUCAGUGGUUGUGUUCCAAAUUUUAUUUAUAUCCUUUAUUUAUUUUCGUCCUUGAAAUGAGAGUCCGAAAGACUAUCAAAAUACUCACGGCAGCUAUGAUUUCCUCAUUCUAAGAAAUUCACACGGUAGGUUUUUCACGAUGUGAGAAUGUUUUUUUUGACGUAGAACUACGUCUUUCAAAAAGGGUGCUAAAUCAGAAAACAGGUCACGUUUUUAUGAAAUAGAGUUAACGAACGAAUACUCAUGAUUUGCAUACCAAUCGAAUCGGUAAUUCUCUAAGAUUUGUUUGAUAUAUUUAUAUAUACAUUAUACAUUACAGUUCGCUAAUCUCUAAACGGUUUAAAUUCGUGGAAACUGAAAGCAUUUUUUCCCCAUACAUUUGUUCUACCGAUUUGUAUACUGACCCUACCCGUAUUUCGAAUGCUUAUAACUCGAACAUUUCUUAAUAGAUCGGAAAGAUGAUUACAUCAAUUGAUAGGAAAUAUUUCUAAGCGUCUAUCACAAUUAAUAAAAUGUUUCUUUUCAUGAGAUGAACAACUGAAUAACUGUGAAAUGUCAAGCGUUAUCUAAACACUUUAACUGCCAAGUUUUGAUGGGCCCGAUUUACGGUUUCCCCAACACAGACUUCAAAAUCGAUGUACCUGUGGAAAUCCGCUUUGAAAAUAUACAUGCAAGUUGUGUGGUAUUUUUGUUCGCACCGAGCUGUGUUUCCCAAACACGGACUUCAAAAUCAAUGUGCCUGGGGGAAUCUGCUUUGUCAAAACAUGCAAGUCGGUGGUAUUUUUUGGUGUUGAGUGCUUUUGUUCUCGCUUGUCGUUGUACAGACCGGAAUAUGUUUCCCUAAAACGUACUUCUAGAUUGAAAAGCCUGGGAAAUCGUCGUUUCAGAAACAGUUUGGUAUAUUAUUCUCUAUCAGUUUACCAGCCUAGGCCUACCAGUUUUAAGUUGUUCGAAUUUCAAAUGAAAACUGAAGUAGUAACAAUAAAAAAAACCUUAUUUUAAAAAUAUCGAUGCAUUCUAAUAUAAUAUUCGAAGUGGUAAACAAGUGGAUUGCAUGAUAUAAUUGCGUAGUUCUACGUCAAAAAUGCGGUCGUGUCCUAGAUACAACCCCUUAUAUUGUUUUUUUCUUUCUUCAUUAAAGAGAUUUUCAGCCAAAGGCUGGUUCAUCUCUAACAGAAUAGUUAGAAAACGGAGUGAGCUGGAUUUGCCGAAUAGAGUUGAUGCAUUUGUACUUAAAUUCACUUGAAGGGCUGAAACAACAAAAUUAAAUUGAAGAAAAAUUCGUGAACUAUGGUAUUUCUUCAUAGAAUUAUCUCACGUUUCGUUCAGUAGUUCAAUUAACACGCCCCGUCACCUAGAUAUGGGUGACACUUUCCUCGUUCAAAUUUAAUAAGAUUUUUAAAAGGAAUUUCAGGGUGUCGACUACCUUGAAAAACCUUGCAAAUCAGGCAAUAUCAGGGAAUUCAAAAAGUAUCAGGGAAAAUCAGGGAAUAUCAGAGAAUUUCGUCACCAACCUGGAAAAAAUGCAAUUCCGCAGAUUAGAAUUUUUAUUAUUGCAGUAAUUAAACAGUUAAUGGUACCAAAACAAUUGUAUUUGACUAGUUUGACUAUCACUUACUUAUGCAAUCAGUGCAUGCCGUUCAACUUCAACACAUUCCCUUUUUCCCUUCGAAAACUAUCGAUAAAUUCAUGCUUCAAAACCAUGUUAUCAAAGUUCUUGUGGAGGUACAAAGAUUAUGUGGUGUCCGGAAAGAGUUAUGUGUCACAAAUCACUCCGCACUGCUUAAAAAGACAUGGUUGUAAUGAUUCAUGACAGCCAGAAAGCUAAGGAAUUGCUCCGUAUUCUAAAUCUGACCUCAAUAAAACAUUGCAUAAUACAAGCUAUACAUUGUCGUUGGUUUCGACGAAUCUUUUAACAAGAAUACACAUGAGCUGCAAAUGGAUCUAAGUAACAGAUUUUGGGAUGAAGAAUAGAAGGAGAUGGCCAAUCGAUGCGUGACGUCAAAAUUUUUGGGAUUUCUCAAGUAUCAGAUGAACUUGCAGCUUUGGAAGAAGACCUGGAAAAUAUAUCAUUAAAUAAACUUCCUCUGGUGUCGAUAAAAGGCACGAACAUGAAUUAAUCAUUUUACGCGAAUUUCGAAAUAGAGAAGAAAAAGUCUUGAAUUUGGGUACUUUCGGAUUGUAUAUUUUAUACAGGUUGGGCUCAGAAAAUUUGACAAACAAAUACCGCAAUUUCUUCUGAGAUGUGAUGCUCUGGUUUGAAAGCUUAAGAAGCGUUAAUGUAAUCUUCGGUGAAAGCCGUAUCUUCUCUUGAUCCUUUCAUCAUUGAUUACUAUCAACAAAUGGCUAGAAAACGAUUCGACUUACACUGAAACAAUAUUGCUUGCAACAACAGCAAUAAGUUUGAAAUAAUAGAGCAAUUCCAAAAUAAAUCGACAAAUGACAAAACAUGAGUAUUUUUGAUGCGAAUGAAAGUUUGUAUUCCGUUUGGGUUGGAGGAAAAAUGAGUUUUCCACAGCAUUUGGGAAUUUUUUGACUCAAGUGUAACUUUUGAAAAGGUCUAUAGAUUUUAGUAAGAGAAAUCUUUGAUCAUUUAUAUCUCAAAAGUUAUGAGUCCUACCGAAAUAGUGUCUUAGAAAAAGUUAUAGAGUAUUGAUGUCCAAACGUGAAAAAAAAGUACACUGAGAAAAAAAUUAGUACCUUUUUUUUUAUUUACAAAAAAAACAUUAAUUUGCAAUAUCUAAAAUACAUAUUUUUUAUAUUUUAAAUA